AAUCAGAUAUUCAAUAUAAGAAUUUGCAAACUGAAAGUAGCUUUGAAACUGAUGAUAUUGAUUUAGCAGAAAGUGUACUAACUGAACAAAUUAAUGAAUUAACAAACGCUAGUAAAGAAAAUGUACUUAGCUCA